AUGGAAAUUCAAAAAUUGAUUUCCAGGCUCAACGCAUUCAAACAAGAUGAUAUUUGUACGAUUACUAUCGGUAAUAUUUCUUUUAAAUGCCCUAUUCAUAAUGCUGUAUGCUUAUCAUCCAAAGUUUUUGAAGCAUUUUCUACAGAUAACACAAUGCAAGCAUUUCCAUUUGAUUAUAAAGAAGAUUGCUCUUCAGUAUUAGAAGAUAUUAAUAACUUUUUCAUACAUGGAGACAUAAUUAAUAAAAAGGAAUUGAAAAUUUUGAAACAAUUAUUUUACAUCAGUAAAGAGCUUGGAAUAGACGAAUUAUGCAAGAUAUGUUCUACUGAAUUGAAGACAAUACCUCUAACUGUUGAAAAUGCGCUGUCUGAAUUUGAAUUUCAUUUGCCUAUCGAAGAGGCUGACAUUGCAUGCAAGUUUAUUAUACAAAAUAUUUCCAAAUUUAAAGAAAAUGAUCUUAUCUUAUUUUUCCAAAAAUUUGGUUAUGAUGUAACAGAAAAUAUCUUAUUCAACGAAAAAAAUAAUCAAAAUGGAGGUCUUGUUUGUGAUUUACUUAUCAAAUUGUGCAAUAAUGAUUUAUCAUUUAUAAGACUUUUCCAAAAUCUCGACCUACGAGCUGUUCCUUUUGAAAAAGUAGAAGCUUUCAAAGAAUUUUUCGAAAAAAUUAUGACUCAACAAAAAGAUCCAAUAUUUUCUGUUUUGUGGAGCUGCUUUUAUCCAAGACUUACAAUCGAACCUAAUUCAAAUGGUUCAUGUUAUAAUAAAAGAUUUAAACAACCUACUAAGGUUCAAGGAUGGGGACCUGGAAGCACCAAUCCGGGAUGGGGGUACGUAAAACCCAAUCAAGGAUCGGGACCCGGAAGCACCAAUAAUGGAUGGAAUAAUCAUUAA